AUGCGCCAACCGCGCAUCUGGCUGGCAGCCACCCUCGCACUUUGCUUAGGUGCUCGAGCGGAGCCCAUGAAGGUGGCGGUGACUGGCACGGGAGGGCAAACCGGGGGUCACGUCUUCCGCAAGAUGCUGCGAAGGCCUGAGCUGUUCAGCCCCAUUGGCAUCGCACGGACGGAGCGCUCGAAAGAGGCGCUCUUGGAAGCCACAGGCGCCGCGCCCGAGCAGGUGGUGGUGGACAUCGGUUUGCAGCAGAGUACAACGAUGUACAGCGGCAACGAUCGACAGUGCUCAGCAGUGGAGGCUGCCCAGGAACCGCAAGGGAACGCCGGCCGUGCACUCGCGGGCCGCUGCGCUGCGCUCGUCAUCGGAAGUUCGGCCAAAGUGAAGCCCACAGGUGGCACCAAUGCAGAGACAGGGCGCCCCAAUAUGGGAUUCCCUGAUGGGCAGCCGUACUUGGUGGAUUGGUUGGCGCAGAAAGCGCAGAUCGAUGCGGCCCACUUGGCUGGGGUUGGCCACGUGACCAUUUGCAGCUCCAUGGGUGGAACAAACCCGGACCACAUGCUGAAUCGCUUUGGCCGGACGACCGAUGGCCGUGGCGGCGGCAUUCUGCUCUGGAAGCGGAAAGCGGAGAAGUACUUGAUCGACUCUGGGUUGACGUACACCAUAGUCCAUCCUGGAGGUCUGUUGAAUGAGCCAGGAGGGAAGAGGGCUUUGGUGGUCGGCGUGGACGACAAGCUGCCUACAGAGUCGCGCUCCAUUCCCCGCGAAGAUGUGGCAGAAGUGCUUCUGCAAAGCCUGCUGCAAAGUGACUAUCGGGAUCGUUCCUUUGACUUGGUGGCAGAGCCCGAAGGCAGCGGUGAGGUGUGCACAGACUUCGCGUCGCUGCUGCAAUCGCUUCAAGGCUCGAGUUGCGACUACUCGCUGGGCGCCAUCCCCGACCGGGAGCUAGCCGCUGGGCGCAAUAGAAUCGGUGGUCGUUGA